AUGCCGUCCUCGAAGACGGAAAGGGAUAUGCAAAGUUUCCUGAGAAAAUUGAACUAUAUUUCAAUAUUUAUUUCUAAUCUCCCCCCUAAGGCUGAGCCCAUUUUCAAAUUGCUCAAGAAGAACAAUACCGCGAAGUGGGCUAAAGCUUGUCAGGAAGCCUUCGAAAAGAUUAAACAGUAUUUGUCAAGCCCACCUGUAUUAGUUCCUCUAGCAAUGGGCAGGCCGUUAAUUUUGUACAUGGCAAUUCAGCAGAGCUCAAUGGGUUGUGUUUUGAGGCAACAUGACAACACUGGGAGAAAAGAAAGAGCCAUUUAUUAUCUAAGCAAGAAAUUCAACGAAUGCAAGUCGAGGAUGGACCCAAUUAAGUAUGUGUUCGAAAGCCCAUUCAUACCUGGAAUAAUAGCGAAGUGGCAGGUCAUACUUUCUCAACAUAACAUUGUCUAUAUGACAAGAAAGGUAGUAAAAGGAAGCGUGAUAGUAGAUCUCCUGGCGAAAAACCCAAUUGACGAUUAUGAGGCCUUGGAUUUUGAAUUCCCAAAUGAGCAUAUUAAUGCAAUAAGUAGCGAUGCUGAGGGGCAAGAUGAUGUGUGGGAAAUGUAUUUCGGCAGGGCGAUUAAUUUAUCCGGUAAUGGGAUUGGGGCGGUGCUAAUAACCCCAGAUGGGAAAUAUUUCUCGAUAGCUAUCAGGCUAAAGUUUGAUUGUACCAACAACGUGGUAGAGUACGAAGCCUGCAUAAGUGGUUUACAAGCUGCCAUUGAAUUGAAGAUAAGGAAAUUGGAGGUGUAUGGGGAUUCAGCUCUGAUCAUUUAUCAAGUCAAGGGAGAAUGA